AUGGCCUCCCCCAUCCUCCACCUCCAAAAGUCCUACCCCUGGACCCGCGCCCCCCUCAUCGCCAACGCCCCCAUGGCCGGCUCCGCCGGCCCGCGCCUCGCCGCCGCCGUCACCAACGCCGGCGGCCUGGGCUUCAUCGGCGGCGGCGUCGACAUGGCCCAGCUGGCCGCCGACCUGGACGCGUGCCGCAACCUCGUCGACAUCGACGUCGACCGCCUCCUCGCCACCACCGAGACCACCGAUCAGACCACCACCUCCACUCUCCUCCCCCUCCUCCCCAUCGGCAUCGGCAUCCUCUGCUUCAACAACAACAACAACAACGCCAACAACGCCACCGCCGGUGAGCCACUCGUCCCGCCCGCCGCCCUCGCCGACGUCGUCCGCGCGCACCGCCCCGCCGCCGUGUGGCUCUUCGCCGCUGCCUCCGCCGCCGCCGCCGGUGCAGCAGUCGACGCCUCAUCCGCCUCCCCCGUCGCCGACUACACGCCCUGGGCGCGCGCCGUGCGCGCCGCGUGUCCGCAGACGGCGGUGUGGGUGCAAGUAGGCAGCGUUGCGGCAGCCGUGGCGGCGGCGGGAGCGGGAGCAGCCGACGUGCUGGUGUUGCAAGGGGCGGAUGCGGGGGGGCAUGGGUUCGAGAGGGGGGCGGGGUGGGGGGCGUUGGUGCCGGAGGUGGUGGAUGCGUUGGGUGAAUUACCUGGUGUCGGGAUCGUGGCGGCGGGGGGCAUCGUCGAGGCGAGGGGGGCGGCGGGGGCGCUGGCGGUGGGGGCGGGCGGCGUGGUGAUGGGGACGCGGUUCCUGGCGUGCGAGGAGGUGGCGUGUCCGGCGUUUUGGACGGAGAGAGUGCUGCGGGCGAGCGAUGGCGGGGUGGCGACGGCGAGGUCGAAGGCGUUUGAUGAGGCGAGGGCGGGGGGGAACGUGUGGCCCGGGGGGUAUGACGGGCGGGCGUUGGUGAAUCGGACGUAUAGGGAUUUCGUGGCGGGGGAGGUGCCGGUCGAGGAGAUUCGGAGGCUGCACGGGGAGGAGCAGAAGAGGGGGGAUGCUGGGUGUGGCGGGACGGAGGACAUGAGGGUUACGGUCUGGGCGGGGACGGGGGUCGGGUUGGUCAGGGAGGUCUUGCCUGCGGGGAAGAUUGUGGAGGAUGUGAGGGAGGGGGCGAGGAGGGUGCUGAAGAAUCUCGGCGCCCAGCUUUGA